AUGUCCCCCCCUCCCGAGGCGAAAAAGGCCAACGGGCCCAAACAGAACCCCCAGACUCCGGUGGUGGCUCAGCAACCAGCCCCGGUGGCUGCCAAUGCUGCUAACGCCGCCAAUGCCUCUACCACUCCCCACCCUCCCCAGGAUUUAGCCGUUGAUCCUGAAGCUCAGCCGCUUCUUGGUCGGCGACCAUUGAACCCUGAUGAUCCGCAGGUGCUGCCAUUGAGACUACCGAAGAUUCGCUUCCUCCAAAAUUUGACUCGAGUGGUGUUGGUAAUUAAUGUGAUCGCGACGCUUUUGGCGUGGCUCUCUGAUUUCAUCAACAUCCCGGGUUUCUUCAGUCGAGGACGCAGUUUCUACGAAGACGUGGUGCUCUUGAUGGCGGCGUUGACCAACGUGGUGACGUUGUGGAAGAUUGAUGUGCCCCUGAAAUAUGAGCGGGUGAUUGACUUCUUUCAAGCUGGUUUCUUAUUGAUUGAUUUAAUCACCAUCCUUACUGUCCCCGUGUUGAGAGAUGCCUUAGGUUUCUUUGGCACGUUUGCCACGUUAUGGUUGAUGCUUAUGGUGCUCCAUGAUGCCUUGGUCAAUUAUAAGGUCGAGGGAGCUAAAGAGUAUCAAGAGAUCAGACUUACAGGAAGAAUUGAGCCUCGUAAACUGGUCACCGAAUUGUUCGUCACCUUCAUCAAACUGGUGGUGAAGCUGGUGAUGCUUGUGCUCGUCAUCUUAUUGCUGUGGAGACUUAGUCUUUAUGCUUUCGACACUCAUGAAGCCCCCUGGGGCGAAUUGGUACCCGUACAAGAGGGACAGUUCAGAGUCCACUUGUCGUGCUAUGGUGACGUCCACAAGUCUCUGUUGACCAAACCAGGCAAGCCAGACAAGCGUCAACCCAUUGUUCUUGUCGAAGGUGGUCAAUUGACGCUGAGUGAAGAGUUCCAAGAAUGGAUCGAAGAACUCUACAACUUGGGUCUGAUCGAACGCUACUGUAUUUGGGACCGUCCCGGCUACGCCUUCUCCGAUCUGUCGCCGUCACCGUCGCUGAUUGGCAUUGUUACUGAGUACUUAGCCCAAGCGCUUGCGGAACAGGGCAUCGAAGGCCCCUUCUCGCUCGUCGGGUUCGACAUUGGCGGGUUGUAUCUGAGAAUGUUUGCUCUGAAGAAGCCAGAAAAGAUCCAUCUGAUCAUGUUGGUGGACGCGUGGUCGGAGGACUUGCUUAAACACGAUCCGUUCUCGGGUUCUAAACACAAGAAGGAACCAAGAAAGAUCUUCCGCCACGUGUUGGAGCCCAUGGAUACUUGGACCGGCUUCAAGUUAUGGCUCCGCGGGGUGGUGCUGCCAUUUGGCGUCAUUCCCGGGCUCCACUGGCUCUGGCACCCGCGCCGCUAUAGUUCCAAGUCUCGAAUCUUUGGCAAAGACAUGUACUACAGCUCCAAGUACCUUAGAGCCCGGUUACAGGAACAAGUCACCCUGGGGGUGUUAUCGUAUAACGAGUUGAAGGGCGCCGAUAUCCACGGUUUGCCGCUCGCCGUGAUUUCAUCGGACCACAUGAUUAAGAAAUCGCAAAACUGGGGCGAAUGGCAACGAGAGCUCACUCAGCUUUCCGACGAUUUAUUCAAGUGGGAAGUGGCUGAGGAGUCGGACCAUUUCAUCUGGAAACUGCCCAAGGGCCGCAAGCAAUUGCAGAAGCUUCUUUUGUCGUUGGUGCUGUCCAAGCGUAAGUACGAUCCUUUAAAGUAA